UCUCUCUCACUUCUGUUUCAUCCUCAUCCAUUCAUCUGCUGUAGUCAGCAGAAUACAGGAGGAAGGGAGCAGAGUGUAGCACAGACACCGGAGCUGCUUACACAGAGCAUCGUGCAGGAGAGACAGGACCUGAGCUACAGAGAGGAGAAGGAGAGAGGUAACGGGAGAGAAAGAGAGGGAGAAACAGCGAGAGAAAGAGAUAAGCAUAGAGAGAAAGAACAGAUAGAGAUACAGAGAGAAAGGGAGAUAGAGAGAGAAAGAGAAAAAAGAGAGAAAGAGAAAGAGAAAGCAGGCUGUCUGCCUUAGGACGACUGCAGCUGCACUAAAUCUCUUGGCCGUCACGGCCAGCACUCACCCGAGGAGAGAGGAAAGAGGAGAUAGAGGAGAGAGGAGAGGGAUUUCACUAAGGAUUUCAUUGGUACGGUAUCUGGGACAAAUAAGCGAUGGGUACCCAACUAGACCGUCUGUCACCAGAUCAAACUUAAAAGGACAACUGGAGGAAAAGAAAAGUUCCUUUGAAUCAUCCAUUGGAUUGCUCCUAUCUAUCUUCUCCAGAAAAAGCAUUAGAUUCUACCUUUCUGUUUCCUUGAGUAAAGUGAAGGAGAAGAGAGACAGUGCAGGAUAACCCUGUAACUGUGUGACUGUCUGCUUCCUAAAAGAUGAACCAACAAUACAGUAGGAGGAGGAUUUCUGACUGACUGACUAUUUGCCCUUUGCUCUCCACUGUCCUGUCCUGUCGGGGCACCCCCCCUCUGCAUACAUUCCCACUGCUCGGCGGGACAACACACUCAUGGUGGAUGCUAAGGGCCGGAACAUGAAAUGUCUGACCUUCCUCUUGAUGCUCCCAGAGUCCGUCAAGAGCAAGUCACCGAGCUCUAAGAGCUCCAAAAAGACAGUAAACAGCGGCAGCGCUGCCGGGGACAGUACCGGGUCCAAGCUGCCGCCGGUGUGUUAUGAGAUCAUUAGCCUAAAGAACAAGAAGAAAAAGAAGAUGGCAGAUAUUUUCCCUAGCACUAAGAAGCAUGGUGAAGGGUCGUCCACCACCACAGUACAGGAGUACCAACAACAGAACCUGAAUAACAACAAUACCAUUCAGAACUGUAACUGGCAGGGGCUGUACUCUACUAUACGAGAGAGGAACUCUGUGAUGUUCAACAAUGAGUUGAUGGCCGAUGUUCACUUCGUGGUGGGACAGACCGGAGGGACUCAGAGACUUCCAGGACACAGGUAUGUUCUCGCUGUUGGCAGUUCGGUGUUCCAUGCCAUGUUUUAUGGAGAGCUUGCGGAAAACAAAGAUGAAAUCCGGAUUCCGGACAUGGAGCCUGCAGCAUUCCUGGCCAUGUUGAAGUACAUCUACUGUGAUGAGAUUGACCUGAGUGCUGACUCAGUGCUGGCCACGCUCCACACUGCUAAGAAGUACAUCGUGCCCCACCUGGCCAGAGCCUGUGUUAACUUCCUGGAGACCAGCCUUUCGGCCAAGAAUGUCUGCGUCCUGCUGUCACAGAGCUGUCUGUUUGAGGAGCCGAAGUUGACGCAGCGCUGCUGGGAGGUGAUUGACGCCCAGGCAGAGCUGGCCCUGCGGUCGGAGGGUUUCACUGACAUCGACUCCCAGACACUAGAGAGUAUCCUCCAGAGAGAGACCCUCAACGCCAAGGAGGAGGUGGUGUUUGAGGCAGCUCUGAGCUGGGCCGAGGCAGAGUGUCAGAGACAGGAACUCACCACCUCCAUCGACAACAAACGCAAGGUGCUAGGCAAGGCCGUAUUCCUCAUUCGCAUCCCCACCAUGACAUUGGACGACUUUGCCAAUGGAGCCGCUCAAUCAGGCAUCCUGACCCUGAACGAAACCAACAGCAUCUUCCUGUGGUACACCGCAGCCAAGAAACCGGACCUCCAGUUCGCCAGCCAACCACGGAAGGGCUUGUCUCCUCAGCAAUGCCACCGUUUCCAGUCCUGUGCCUACCGGAGUAACCAGUGGCGCUACCGGGGACGCUGUGACAGCAUUCAGUUCACCGUGGACAAACGCAUCUUCAUCGCCGGGUUCGGCCUCUACGGCUCCAGCUGCGGAUCGGCGGAAUACUCGGCUAAGAUUGAGCUCAAACGCCAGGGCCUUCUCCUCGGACAGAACCUGAGUAAAUACUUCUCUGAUGGUUCUAGCAACACGUUCCCCGUGUGGUUUGAGUACCCCGUGCAGAUAGAACCGGAUAUGUUCUACACGGCCAGUGUGGUGCUGGAUGGGACCGAGUUGAGUUACUUUGGACAGGAAGGCAUGACGGAGGUGCAGUGUGGGAAGGUGACCUUUCAGUUCCAGUGUUCGUCAGACAGUACUAACGGAACCGGAGUCCAAGGGGGACAGAUACCUGAACUCAUCUUCUACACAUAAAGAAAUCUAAUGCCUAAUGUGUACCUUCUUUCACCAUCCACAUGUCUGGUCCGCGUCCUCUCACCUCCUUGGAAAAGUAUCCCAUGAACAUGUGCGGACGGGAGCGGAACGUUCAAUAUUGCAACAUUUCGUUUGAGUGGCCUUAGCGCACAGUGCGGAAGAGGAAGGUAUGAAUUAUGGACCAUACCAUUAGUUUGGCAGUAAAUUGACCUAGUGGCCUCAUGGGUGGAAUGUAAUUCCUAUUUUUCAUAAUUGCAUUAUUAAUUAACAUUUUUUUUUUUUUACUGAAAAUCCAGUGUUUCUAUGUCAAAUGGUGUUGUGAUAUUUCAGUCUUCUGUGAUGUGUAUAAAUUGUAAUAUUGGGAUGCAAACUCAAAAAGUAAUACAUUUCGACUCGAUAUCUGACAUGAUACAGCCCGUAUCCAUGUGUGUGAGGUAUAUACCUUCGUAGAUGUGUUAACUGUAACCAAUACAUACUCUGUGUAACCCUGUUUUAGCCCACCGCACAAAAACGUUUUAAGGACGUUGGAUGGUCACAAUGUGUCCAUGCUGACUGAGAAUGGAUUUAGUUUCUAGGUAUCACGCCCUGACCUUAGUUCCUUUGUUAUGUCUCUAUUUUGGUUUGGUCAGGGCGUAAUUUGGGUUGGGCAUUCUAUAUAUUUGUUCUAUGUUUUAUAUUUCUGUGUUUGGCUGGGUGUGGUUCUCAAUCAGGGGCAGCUGUCUAUCGUUGUCUCUGAUUGAGAACCAUUCUUAGGUAGCCUUUUCCCACCUGUGUUUUGUGGGUAGUUGUUUUCUGUUUUUGUGUGUCUGCACCAGCCAGAACUGUUUCGGUCGUUCCCUUUGUUAUUUUUGUUAUUUCAGUUUUCAUUAAAUAAAUAUAGACAAGUACCACGCUGCACCUUGGUCCUCUCCUUCCAACAGCCGUUACACUAGGUGGUACUUUAUUUGCAAGUGCUGGAAGUCUUUAUGAUAGUGGACCCAUUACUGUCUUGGACAGAUAUUUUCUUUGUACAUUGUGUCAAUAUAUUUUGGAUUUCUCUCUUUCUAUACGUGCGAAAGAACAGAUAUCUAAUUUGUGAAUUCGAAAACGCGUAAUUCAGGAUUCUGUUUUGGUGCUGUUAGAUGGUCCCCCACUCUGUUAUAAUUUUUUUUUAAAUAGUCUCUAACAAAGGGGGAUGAACUGCAGAGGAUCAGCACCGGAUUCAAUAUCAUGACAUGUUUCUGCUGUGUAUAUAGGCAUAGCCCCCUUUUUUCAAUUUUUGCCUAAAUGACAUAUCCAAAUCGAACUGCCUGUAGCUCAGGCCCUGAAGCAAAUAUAUGCAUAUUCUUGGUACCAUUUGAAAGGAAACACUUUGAAGUUCGUGGAAAUGUGAAUUGAAUAUAGGAGAAUAUAACACAAUAGAUCUGGUAGAAGAAAAUACAAAGAAAAAAAAACAACCACCAUCUUUGAAAUGCAACAGACCAGCCAUCACUCUGGAUGUAAUUCCAAUGGUGUCCACAAGAUGGCAGCGGUGUAUGUGCAAAGUGUCAGACGGAUAACUUGAAGUAUGAGCGAGCUACAUGGCAUUUAG